CGAACUAUUGUUGUGUUGGGCAAUGGCGGAUGGGAGCUCGUUGAACGACCUCAAUACAAAAGAAAAUAAACCUUCUUCUCCGACGUUAAUGGCUGCUCAAGGAGCUGAAGGUGGUAAUAGAAGCAGUUCUGCGUCAGACAUGUCGAAUAUUCCAAUCGACGAAGUGGUGACUGUUCCGAAUGUGGAAGUGAAACAUGCUCCGUUUCAGUCGCAGCCUAACCUUCGAGGCGAUCUCACAGCGGAACAAGUGAAAGAGCUUGGUGAAAAAAUGAGGAAAGAGCAAGCCAAGAAGUAUUUUUCAUUGAGGGAAGGAGCUUUUACCAAUGCUGUGGAGGAAUGCAAAUUGCUUUUGGAUGAGAGCGAUGGAGAACUCUUGAGCUCAUGGCUGUUGAGCGAAAUUGAUCACUGGGAUCAUGAAAAAGAAAGAAUUGUUCUUAUUACCAAGAAAACUCUUUGCCUUGUCAAGUACAAUUUCAUUGGUUUGAAAGUUGAUGAGAUGAGGAAGAUCCCAUUAACAAAAUGUGACAAGAUUCAGGUCGGCAGAUUUGUGUAUCCAAAGAACACCAUGAUGAUUCCACGACACUUCCAAACUGGUCUACGCCUCCACUUUGGCAAAAACACAAUACCCACAUUUCUCCAGAACUGGAAUCCAUGGUCACGUGCUAUCCCCUUUGUCACGUUCUGUUGGCACAGAGGCAACGAUGUCAUGAGUGAACUACCUGAGCACAUGCAGCUCGACCCGUUCCAGGAAUCUCUUAUCUCUGCCAUCACUGAUUGUCAUAAUGCACUACAAGAAGGGGUGGCACAAGAGUCCCUGGAGAUUGUUCAGAAUGAGCCCAUAAUGAUCGAAGUGUAUUGUGGGAUUUCACCGAUAGUUCAUAACUAUAGCAUCUGGGGGUUCAAUCGCGACCGAGGAAAGUUUGGAUUUUAGGGUGUGUUCUUGCCUAAAGUCAGUAAGGACUAUUUAGUUUUCGUAAGGUCAAAAAGGCAGUUGCUUUCACAUUGUAUUGCUUUUGCAUUUCGCAUUUUGCAUUUCCCUUGUAGUUGCGUAAUGUCCUGUAGAUGUUGCCGAUGAAAUAAUAUUUAGAUUUAGAUUUAGAAGACAAAUUCUCUGCUGGCUGAAUUUUUCAGCAGGCAUGUAGUUAGAAUUUGUCAGUUGUCAUAAGCAAGUUUAUAUGACUGCUGUGAUUAUUAAUAUGGAGCCUUGCCAGGUGGUAAAUAAAGAAUGUGUAGUUCCAGAAAAUAUCUACACCUCCCCCACAGUAGGGAAUCUUUCUAAGACCCGCCCCUCUGGAAAUUUCAUUUAAGCUACAUACAUUUUUCUUAAAAUCUUUUGGUCUUACAGAACUCCCACCCCUCCCCCCCCCCAGGAAAUUCCAAUCCCUUCUCUGGGCAGGGGGAAGAUUCUCUGGAUCUGCAAAAUAUGUUAACCAGCUUUGGCAUUGCCAUCAAUUACAGUUGAGAGUAUAAAAUAAUGAACAAUCGACUGAUGUUUUUACUUGAAAGAGUCGUUUUUAGGAGGGUCUCUAACUCUCAGUUAAGUUAAUAAUAUUCAGUUCUUCCUGGAAGUUCACUGAAUGUAAAAUUUACAUAAUCCUGGCAACUUAACAGCUUGGCACUAGAUUUGCAUAAAUUAAUUGAAAAGUGCUAAAUUGAGAUAUGCAUAGAUAAUCGUAUGAUUGAUUGCGAGUGCAACGUAGGACUUACACUACAGUGUAUUAAGGUUCUCUCCAAAUUCUCCGAGCCUCCAGGCGAGUGCGAUUUGAAAGAAUUUCAAAUAUCGCGAGGUUGUAAAAUGUGCGAGCUUUCAUACGAUUACUCUUUUAAGCCUGAGAAAAUUACAAACGCGUGCACUUCGUUUCCAUUGAGUGCAAAUUAGAACGUUUAUAUUAAGAGGAGUAUCUCAAGGCGCUUGAUAUUUAUAAGAUAUUUAAUGUAAGAGAGUGGUAGUAGAGUGAAGUUGUUAAGUUUAUGUACAUAUAAUUUAAUGGUUCUUUUAGAUGUCCUUAUUGUAAUUAAAUCAACUAAAUAAACCAAACAAAUGUCAACUUCUUGUCAUC